AUGUCAUCAUCUGCUGCGCCCUCCGAACUCGUCCUCUACAACCUCGUCCCCACCCAAACCCUAAACCCUCACAACCCCGCCGCCGCCGCCGCCGCCGCCGCCGACCCCGCCGGCGAGCGCCGCGUCCGCCCGCGCCGCUCCGCGGACCGCCACGCCAAGGUCGCCGGCCGCGGCCGCCGCGUGCGCAUCCCGGCCAUGGUCGCCGCCCGCGUCUUCCAGCUCACCCGCGAGCUCGGCCACCGCACCGACGGCGAGACCAUCGAGUGGCUGCUCCGCCAGGCCGAGCCCUCCAUCAUCGCCGCCACCGGCACAGGCGUCACGCCCCAGGAGGCGCCCCCCGCCGCCGUCCCCGUCGGCGGCCACGGCGCGUCAUUCGUCCAGGUGCCCUACUACACGGCCCUCCUCAUGCAGCCGCCCAGCGCCGAGGAGCAGCCGCCCGCGCCCGCGUCCGCCGCACCCGACGAUGCCGACACCGCCGCUGCCGCUGCGGCCCCGGAGGAGAACAAUUAA